CGUUCCGAAACAACGUUGUAAACACACGUGCACAUGGUUGCACAAAAUCAUGAAGGAAAAAGUUUCAUCGAGGAAAAAGAGAAAGCAAAAUUUGGAUGAAAAUGGAAACUCCUCCCCCAAAAAGAAGAAACAGGAGGAGAAAUAUACGGAAAUCAGAUUCAAAUUUGAAUUGAGAGAUGCCAAUUUGACAUUUUUAGCUUUGGAGAAGUUUGCCAAACAGGCUGAAGAACAUGUUACAGACAACAAGGACUACGACAUUGUGGCAGGAUAUUGUCGUUCCUCUCCGGAGUGUACCGAGAUACUACAGCUGUUAGAGGGAGGCCGGAGAAAAGAAACAGAGUAUCAUGCAAUCUUUGGAGCAUUAGAAGCUAUUCUGCUCCGCAUUUUGGAUGACCUAACCAAGCACGCCCCGGUCGGUAAAGCCAUACUGCAGAAGAUCCUGUCUGUGGGAAUGCCCUCCGUCUACUUCAUGUUGGGGCCCCAGAUAAAGGCCGCCGCUGUAAAGACAACUCUUAGAAUGUUGGGAGCUCUGGUAAUGCUGGGGGAGGGCGGGGCAAAGGCCCUACUGUUACAGCUAGAUACCACCCACCAACAUGUACAAUCUCUGUUUACCAGAAGGAAUGCUAAGGACCCCCAGGAUGUGAGGACCUGCCUUAUUCACUUUGUCAUGGCUUUUCUAAUGGUGGGGAGUAACUCUGUCACACAGCAACUAGUCAACAUUAAAGGGUUUUUGGCCUCCCUGUUCACUGGCCUGAUUCGUGACAAACAUGCCAACAUUACACUGAUCCUGAAAACAGUUCUGGAAAAGGUUGUUGAGAAUGAGACCAUAACGAAAACCCAGAGGCUGAAGCUGUUUAAUGAAUACUCCCUGAGUCAAAUAUGUCAGCUGUAUAACUGGACAGAGCCCAAGGACAGUGAGGAGACUGAUGCACCUUCCUGUGAAGAGAGAGAGAUGGUGGUAGGGAUGACCCAUAAACUGCUGACAGAGAUCUGUUGUUCCCACUCACAUGGUAUCAACUUCUACGACAAAACACUGGGCACUGGCGGAAAGAACCAGAAUCAGUUACUGACUAAUUUCCUGACAUCAGCAGCCAAGGCAGUGGAAGGAAAGGAAGUGGAGAAUUUAAUUUGUCAAAUCCUCCAAACCUGUCCAGACCAAAUCAAACAUUACCUCCCCCGUCUGAUCAAAAAUAUAACGCCAAGACCCACCAGCAGGUGGUGCUCUACCAUGAACUUCCUGUGUGAGAUUUACAGACGGCAGCCAGACAGACCGUUUGUUCUUAGGUCCAAUCAGCAUCACUCGUCUGUAAAGUUUGUGGAGAUGGUUACGGUUCACUUGUUACCCAUUCAUCCUAUUCUGACACCUGUUCUUCAAUCUGUAAAGCACACUUCUGCGACUGUUCGGUAUUUUGGAACAAAGUUCCUGGGAGUUCUGCUUCAGAAAUCUGUGACUUUUCUGCACUGUCUUGAACAAGAGUGUUUGAAACCAUCAUCGUCAUUGUACACCCAGACAGAGAGAGAAGAAAUUCUUGAACUCUUCAAAGAAAAUAUUCUCAAGGUUUUUCCAGACUGUGAAUUAUUCGUGUCUUGUUGGAGAGACCUCUUGUUUCCUAAGAAGGGUACUCCAGUGAAGGGAAAGUCAUGUGGUGGUGGUGAAGAUAAUACUGAAGACAAAGAUUUAAACAAGGAGGAAGUAGAUGUCCCUGUCAUUCUGGAAACAGAGCACAUGGUGGAAAUACAAAAAGCAUUGUGUUUUCUGCAAGAGCUUUCUCCGUCAGUCCUUGUGGACAAUACAGGGGACAUAACUCUGUUGCUGGAGGGAGUCAGGAAAAUUUCUGCAAAGGAGUUACCAAUUCAUGAUAAAAUCACCAGAGUGAAGGAAGACAUUGCCAUGGAGAUGGAUGAGAGGUCAGGUGACCUGGCUGGUAGUGGCCAACAGAGGGCUUUGUUACCCCAGCUGUAUUUGUUGAAGCUCCUGGCCGGUACUGAUGCUCGUAAGCUGCCCUGGACGCAACAGAGUUCAGAUGGUCACACUUUGAUGUACCUACUGCUAGAUAUGUUGUCCAAAAUAUCGGACCAUGAAAUGCUGAGGAAAGUCAAACAUCUACUUGUUAAGCUGCUGCACGGUACUGGGCUAUUUGAAGGACAUAUCAGAGAAUUAGAUUUGUGGAUCAGUCAUUUCAUCCAGUUUCCCCAGACACACGCCAUACUGCAGCUGGUGUCCAGCAUGUUCACAACCUACAUCAGCAAUUCCAUGUCCUAUGUUGACAAACUUUGUAGUCACAUGUCUAAAGUGGUAGCCUUGGAAACAGAGGGUGCUGUCAUGGAUGAUGUUGCCAUGGAGACUGGGAGUGUCACCACUGUUGACAGUGCAGUGAAUGCAAUCUUAGAAAUGGAUGAAGAAGAUUUUGAAAAUAUGACCGUUGAAACUGAGGAGUCAUCAGAAACUGGGUUGAGGCUUCCGUUCACGCCAUUGAUAAUUGUUGCCAUGGAAACCAGGAAGAAAGCUAAAGAAACAAGUGAAGAAACUCUGAAUGUGUCACCAGAAUUUGGCCAAUACCUGUCUGGAAUUUUGAUUGACAUUCUUCAUUACCAAGUGGAACCUGUUACUAUAGCAACGCUGGUCAAAGACCUCCAGGGUAAAACAGUGGAUAUAAAUGUGAUAAAUUACUUGGAAUCCUUGCUUCGACCACAGAAGGUUUGUGUGAAAAAGAAGUCAAAAAAGCCAAAUGUGAACAUUGGUGAGCUGUAUUUCACAGGCAAAGCCGUAUCACUUCAGUUAGUGGAUGCGAUGUUAACCAAAAACAUUGGCAAGGAGAUAGAGGAGGCAAUCAGGAAUGAACUAAAUUCUGCCAGUCUGAAAGAAUUGAACGCCAUUGUCAGACAAAUUCUUUUGUACUGUGGAGUCCUUAUUAAAAAGCAGAAUCUUAAAGACAUCGAUCUGCUGAAAUUCUGUUGGAAGAUUUUAAGUAGUGUCCUAGCCAGUGUGAAUGAUGAGUCUGCUCCUUGUGAAACAGAAGUUGUGGAAUCAUCGGAAUCUGUGAAUCAGUCUGACCUAGACAUCAGAUUUAUAGAAACUCCAAAAGUGUCAAGAGAAGAGCAGUUGAAUGAAAUGCUAGAGAACAUUUUAUCCCAUCCUGCAGUGUUUUCACAUUUCUUGUACGUGUCAGGGGAGAUCACUCUCUUUAAAUCGACAUCUGUUGGUGAAGAAAUGGUGAAUUGCGUUACAGAAGGCUUGUGUCAUGUUCUAACUGAGGUGAAAACAUUGCCCCAGGUUCAUGGAACAGUUUCUAAAUGCUUGGCUAGAUUCUUUGACAAGUGUUCGACUCCUUUAUCAGACAAACUCGACACUGACAGGCCUCUACUAACAUCACAGCUUCACAGUUUUCUGGAAUCCACUCAGGCGUUUAUCAACAGAGGACAUGUCAACAAAUUACUCCGUACUGUUCUCUCUUUUUCUGUCGAGGAUUUGAUGGAUCGGUCGACAAAAUCACUGACAGGGAGGGGCAGGGUACUUCUUACUUUGCUGGCUAAAGUUGAGAACCCCGAAGAAGCUGUGAUACCAGUCCUAGACUUCAAACAAUUCCAAAUUGUGUUCAGUCUUCUCGAUCUGCUGAAUCUUGUUGCCGUAGAAACAGCUUGUCUGAAUCUGUUAACUUGUUACCCCAUGGCUUCUGUAGCGAUGCCAAAAGAUGUGUUUGUGACGUGUCUGGAAUCAGGUUCGACUGUGAACAUGGAGAUUUUGUGUAUUGUGAUUUGUCAGAGUGUUCAGGCUAGGGAGUGGUUUGAGACGUGGAUCUGUGAGAGGAAGUUGGUGGAUCUAGGGUCUGCUGUUCUACCAGUGGUGGUGCAUUAUAUGGACAUAAAUCCCAAAAGAGUAUUAGAAAGCAAGACAUUUUGUACAAAAAUUUUGAAGAUGUUGAAGAAGUGGUUACAUAUUUUGGAGGAAGGUCAUGUUUCAUUGAAGGAAAAUAACCAAUCAAAAACCACCACUGAAGAAAUUGCCAGGCAACCAGAACUAAUGAAAAAACUAGUUUUAAAACUGUAUGCAUUGGAAGUCUUAGGUAAAACUUUAGAAGAUAAAGUCAUCGAGCUUGCUUCAGCCUGUAUGGCGGACGUCACGAGGCUGUCCCCACAUUACGUGGAGAUAUUGGUCCGGUUGUGUGGAAAUCAGGAGAAGGCAGGGAGACAGAGCCUGUUGUUUAAGAAGUGUUUGGCGUGUCUAGUUCUCAGUCUGAAGAACAAGGAAACCAGGCAGGCAGUCUGGAUUGAGUCAUUGCUGAAUGGGUUGAAUUCUUUUGACAAGGAUAAAAUUAAAGAGACGUACACCACUGAGAUGAUGAAAUGGUCUGACUUCGCCAAAACCUUGCUAAGAUACAGAUACUCUGACAAGCAGACUAUAGAUUUGCUGACCACACUGGCAGACUGUGUGUACAGAGACUCUUCAGAAACAAGCACCUGUGAACUACCAGAGCUCUCUGUUCAACAGCUCCAUGAAAUGAUAAUCAGUCACUCACAGUAUCUACCAAUCAUGUUCAACGAGUGUCAUCCAGAGGUCAAAGAGCCCCUGGUUGAUUUUAUGACUGUGUUGGUGGAAAAAGACCCUGCCUGUUGUCACACUCAACACAUUGGGCUUCUCCUGGGGGGCUACUCAGCGACUCUGUCACCAAUAGACCAGAAGAUUUUAAGACUGUUGUGUCUGUAUGAGAAGAACAAGGCUGACUUAAAGACUUACAGACCUUAUCUGUGGGGAAUGAAGGCGGUGGAAAUCCACUCUAUGAAGAAGUCUCUGGGAGCUUCUCUGGCGAAGCAGACGACAGCUGAGGAAGUGAUGGAGUGCUUGGACCAGACAGUUCUGCAGACGACGAUUCUAAAACUUCCUCUCAGGAGACUGAUGCAGCCUGGAGUGAUAGAAGAAGCCAGCGCAAUCAAGUCUGUCCCUGAAGCUUACGACCCUUGUUUUCUUCUUCCUGUCUUCAGUGAACUUGUUCGAUCUGAGUCUGUGCUGGACUGCCGUAAGUUUAUAGAAAACCAGUGUUUAUCCUUCACCUUUGCCUGCCUGAGUUGCCAUGACAACAUAAUGCGAGGUGCAGCAUACCACGUUCUGACAAACUUCCUGUCCCACCUCCAGGGGGCGCGAUUCCCUGAGACUCAGCAGGUGCUCUAUUUUGUGGAGUUAAUCAGGAACAGUAUAGAGAAACCUAACUCCAAGCUGCCGUGUAUCAUCACUUUGUUUUUGUCCAGAGUGGCCACCCUGCUCCUCAGACCAGAGGACCACAUGUACAGUAUGAUGAAUGCCUUUCUGUUGUUGAAGCCGGCCAUGGAUACAGGAAAUGUACCAGAAUUUUACAAACUCUUCAACAGUUCAGCAUUAGAGUACAAGCUAGAGAGAGCAUGGAUGCUUAGUCUACUGUCAGAAGGACUGAGGGAGACGGCAGAUUUCCACAUCCUGGAGAAGCGACACAUUCUGAAAAUGUUGUUAUCAUUCUAUGAGUCCAGCAUCAGUGACAACUCAACUCAGCUACAAGUACUGCAGAUAUUGAGAGCAGCUAGUAAGGAAAGAAAGGUGACCUCUGACCUGGUUAGGAAUCAUGGGAUUGUAAACUGGUACUCUGUUAUGGUGCAGUCAAAGUCAAUGUCAGCAAGUCAUAAGGAAUUACUGCUGGAGAUUGUACACAACACAUGGACCACCAUGACUAGUGGACAUCGCAGGACAGUGGGAGACAGCUCAGAGAGGACGUCACUGCCGGUCAUCUUCACCAGUCAGAUGAUUCAACUCAUCAAACUACUCCUUGUCAGAGUCAGGCCAAGCGUUAUGGACGAGUCACACAGACAACUUUGGUUCCCAGAGAAUUCUGAUGUGUAGUCCAGAAAAACUAAUUCAAACAGAAUAAAACUUUCUUAGCAGUUUUGGAAUAUAUUGAGUCAUCGUGGGGCAUGGAACGAUGAUGGGUACAUCAGCUGUACAUAGCCAGAAAAUCUACCGCAGUGCGCAUGAACUCCCGUCGGAAACUGUAUGUUUGGCAGUCAUACAUCGUCGGAUACCUUAGUAUCUGAUGAAGGCAGUCAAAUGGAUACAAGAAAACUUAGAAUGAAGAAUAUCCUGCCAUAAUGGCUAACGUUCUCAUUAAUACAAUAUAUAAAUUUAUCGAGCUUUAAUUUUUACAUGUUUGAUUCAUUAGAUUUAAUUAUCAACGUUUCGACUAACCUGCACAAGAAAAAUGAUUACCCUGAAUUUUUCAAUCUUACAAAAAUGUACAGGUAAUGCAGGUAACACAGAUAACAUCCUGUGUAUUUGGAACGAUAUACACAAGCUAGCAGGGUCUCCUUGGGCUCAGGGCUUCACACCUGCCUAAAAUUAGCUACCCCCCACUUAACUUACCUGAGGAAAACCUCGACCUUUAAGUUAUGGGUAUAUAUAUUUCAGUGAGAGCUAAUUUUAGCGACUUUAAAUUCCAGAAAGAAGCUAUUACCUCCGAUAUGGAAUAAGUUUUAGCAAUACUGUCACUAAUAAUGCCAAAAUUAACUCCUCACUAAAAAUGCUGCUUAUACAGGUAUUUUGUUUUAUUUUUCAGUAAUCAGGUAUUAUUUUGAUUUUCUGUUUUAUUUUGAUAUUUUGUUUUAUUUUCCAGUAACCAGGUAUUUUUUUGAUUAUCUGUUUUAUUUUGAUAUUUUGUUUUAUUUUCCAGUAACCAGGUAUUAUUUUGAUUUUCUGUUUUAUUUUGAUAUUUUGUUUUAUUUUCCAGUAACCAGGUAUUUUUUUGAUUAUCUGUUUUAUUUUGAUAUUUUGUUUUAUUUUCCAGUAACCAGGUAUUAUUUUGAUUUUCUGGUUUUUUUUAUAUUUUGUUUUAUUUUCCAGUAACCAGGUAUUAUUUUGAUUAUCUGUUUUAUUUUGAUAUUUUGUUUUAUUUUCCAGUAGCCAGGUAAAGCUGGAGUCCUACAGUCAGUUGCUAGAGACCUUCGCCUCAGUUAUUGGUCAUGCAGAUUUCACCAGGGAAAAAUGUCAAGGUGAAGGUUACAGACACCCUCAGGACAGCUGGACAAUUAAAGAUGCUCUGU